CAAAUAAAAAGAAAAGAAGAAGAAGAAAGAGUAUAGAGAGCUUUUAUAUAGGAAGGAACACAAUACAACACUUGUGCGCAAACUUUCACAGUGUCCGACGAUCUCAACUCAAAGCCCAAAUAUCAAAGUUCCUCUCUCUCUCUCAAACUCUCUUUUUUAUUUUUCUCUCUCUCACUCUCUCUCUCUCUCUUUAAAAAUCGUAGCUUUAUUGCAUUUUGCUUCUGCAUUCGGCUUUGGAUAUCAUAAAGUGUGAAGAUUUAAGAGUGUCUCUCACUCAAUCUCUCUGUUAAGAGCUUCAACCUGCAAGGAACAGCAGACCCACCAGAGAGAGUUUUAUUUUUAAUUUUUUUUACAAAAAGGAAGAGUUUUUAAUGCGAAAUCGUUUUCUAGGUCUGAUCUGCAGAUCCUGUUACCCUAAUUUCCCGCUGCUGUUACGGUCUCUUCCUUCUCUUGCCGUCAUUUGAACUGACCUCUACUUCAAUGGUCGAGUUUUAUUUCUGAGAAUCUCUGUGAGAAGGAAAGCAAUCAAAUUUAGCCUUUUGUAGGUAGAAGCCAAGUGCGUUUACUACUGUAUCGCAUAAAGGUUGUAAUUUGAAACUUUGUGGAGGGUGAGAGAGAGAGAUGCUGACAUGCAUAGCUUGUUCGAAGCAGCUAAACAAUGGUGGAUCUAAGAAACAAGAGGAAGAUGAUGAAGAAGAAGAAGACAGAGUCAGGUCUAAGCAACCUAUUAAGUUCCUGACGUCACAGAUAAAAGACAUGGCAGUAAAAGCAUCAGGUGCUUAUAAAAGCUGCAAACCGUGUUCAGGGUCGUCAAACCAGAAUAAGAACGGAAACUACGCUGAUUCGGAUGCUGCUUCGAAUUCUGGGAGGUUUCGUUAUGCGUAUAAGAGAGCAGGGAGUGGAAGCUCAACACCGAAAAUUUUGGGGAAGGAAAUGGAGUCAAGGUUGAAAGGGUUUGUGAGUGGAGAAGCAACACCUGAAUCCAUGAGUGGUAGGACAGAGUCCACAGUGUUCAUGGAGGAAGAAGAUGAGCUUAAGGAAUGGGUUGCUCAAGUUGAGCCUGGUGUCCUCAUCACAUUUGUAUCAUUGCCUGAAGGAGGGAAUGAUAUGAAGCGGAUUCGGUUCAGCCGUGAAAUGUUCGAUAAAUGGCAAGCUCAAAAGUGGUGGGCAGAGAAUUUCGACAAGGUAAUGGAGUUAUACAAUGUGCAGCAGUUCAAUCAGCAAAGUGUCCCACUUCCAACUCCUCCCAGAUCCGAAGAUGAGAGCUCACGAGUUCCGUCUAGCAAGAAUGAUCCAGCAACUCCACCGCUGAACAAAGAAAGCUCUCGAGGAAAAGGAUACGCUUCUUCUGGCUCACUCACUCACCAACCAACACCCCAAACACGAAGUCGAGACCAUGAUUCAUCUGGUCUUGCUACAACGCCAAAACUCUCUAGCAUAAGUGGGACUAAAACCGAAACAUCAUCGGUUGAUGAGUCUGCAAGAAGUAGCUCAUCAAGGGAAGGGGAAGAAGAAGAAGAAGAAGCAGAUCAUUCAGGGGAGGAGCUCUCUUUAAGUAAUGCAAGUGAAAUUGAAACCGAAUGGGUUGAACAGGACGAAGCCGGUGUUUACAUCACAAUCAGAGCUUUACCGGAUGGAACUCGGGAGCUUAGACGGGUUCGCUUCAGCCGAGAGAAGUUUGGGGAAACGAAUGCAAGAUUGUGGUGGGAGCAGAACAGAGCUCGGAUACAACAACAAUACUUAUGAUGAUGAUGAUAUCUAGAGAGGGAUCUGGACACAGGAGGAAAACAAAACACUUCUUUUUUAAUACUAUGUUUUUACUACUCGGAUUAAAGCAACAGAUUAAUGGAAGUAACUUCGGUUUCAGAUAAUGCAUGUACCCACCAAUUUAGUUGGUGGUUGUUAGUAGUUCUCUUUCUUAUUCUUUUUUCAUUUACAUCUUCUCUAUAAAGAGGAGUAUUAGUUUUUACUCUUUCAGUGGAUAUUUUUCUUGGUUUUAAAAGGGUAAUUAAUGUAUAGAAAAGUCCAA